CGCUGACCUGCGAGGGCCCAUUGCCAGCCAGCGACCAAGUGUCCCCUCUGUCGCGGCCCCUCCUCCUCCUCCAAGGGGCCCCUGCGCGGGGAGUGGAAGAGCUAAAGCCAUCCUUCGGCCUCCAAGACCUCCCCGCGCGCGCGCGCACACAGGCCAUCGCACCUUGUCUUAUCUUCACGCUGCUCCUCCCGAGGGCUAGCAUCCCUGGGAUCUGUCCCCCGAGGAGGAGGAGGAGGAAGAGGAGGAGGUGGUGGUGGGUCCUACUCCCGCACGCCCCGGGAUGGGACAGCCCGGGACCUGGCCGCCGCGCACCCGCCGGGGCGCAGAGCUCCGGUCCCCGCGCCCGCUGCCCCGAGCCUGACGGCAGGUGUGUGGACGGAGAGGCAGGUGACAGACAGGCAGGCUACCGGGUGGACCCGGCUAUGGUGAGGGCAGGAUGCUGGCCAGGAAGAGCAUCAUCCCGGAGGAGUACGUGCUGGCGCGCAUCGCGGCCGAGAACCUGCGCAAGCCGCGCAUCCGCGACCGGCUCCCCAAAGCCCGCUUCAUCGCCAAGAGCGGCGCCUGCAACCUGGCGCACAAGAACAUCCGCGAGCAAGGGCGCUUCCUGCAGGACAUCUUCACCACCCUGGUGGACCUCAAGUGGCGCCACACGCUGGUCAUCUUCACCAUGUCCUUCCUCUGCAGCUGGCUGCUGUUUGCCAUCAUGUGGUGGCUGGUGGCCUUCGCCCACGGGGACAUCUACGCUUACAUGGAGAAAGGCGGAACGGAGAAAAGUGGGCUGGAGUCCACCGUGUGCGUGACUAACGUCAGGUCCUUCACCUCGGCCUUCCUGUUCUCCAUCGAGGUCCAGGUGACCAUCGGAUUCGGGGGCAGGAUGAUGACGGAGGAGUGCCCUCUGGCCAUCACGGUUCUGAUCGUGCAGAACAUCGUGGGUCUCAUCAUCAACGCCGUCAUGCUGGGCUGCAUCUUCAUGAAGACGGCGCAGGCGCACCGCAGGGCCGAGACCCUCAUCUUCAGCCGCCACGCGGUGAUCGCCGUGCGCAACGGCAGGCUGUGCUUCAUGUUCCGCGUAGGGGACCUGAGGAAGAGCAUGAUCAUCAGCGCCUCGGUGCGCAUCCAGGUGGUCAAGAAAACCACCACCCCGGAAGGCGAGGUGGUCCCCAUCCACCAGCUGGACAUCCCCGUGGACAACCCCAUCGAGAGCAACAACAUCUUCCUGGUGGCCCCUCUCAUCAUCUGCCACGUCAUUGACAAGCGCAGCCCACUCUACGACAUCUCGGCCACGGACCUGGCCACCCAAGACCUGGAGGUCAUCGUCAUCCUGGAAGGAGUGGUGGAGACCACGGGCAUCACCACGCAGGCUCGCACCUCCUACGUCGCCGAGGAGAUCCAGUGGGGACACCGCUUCGUGUCCAUCGUGACCGAGGAGGAAGGCGUGUACUCCGUGGACUACUCCAAAUUUGGCAACACGGUGAAGGUGGCCGCCCCCAGGUGCAGUGCGCGGGAGCUGGAUGAGAAACCGUCCAUCUUGAUUCAGACUCUCCAAAAGAGCGAGCUGUCCCACCAGAAUUCCCUGCGCAAGCGCAAUUCCAUGAGGAGGAACAACUCCAUGAGGAGAAACAACUCGAUCCGGAGAAGCAACGCUUCCCUCAUGGUCCCCAAGGUGCAGUUCAUGACCCCAGAAGGGACCCAGAACCCGCUGGAAUCCUGACAGCAGGAAGACCACACGGAUGGCCUUUGGUUGCGUGCUGAUGGCUGGUGCCCUGGGCUCUCUCCCCUGCGGCCCAGAGCUGGAGCAUGGCUCACUCGAUUUAUAUGUUAACGCACUACACAGUUAUUUCUGCCCCGGAAGCAGCGCUUUCUGUAUUAACCAUCAAGAACGCACAAAACAAGGACUCCCGGCUCACACCUGUUUCACACGUGCAGAACUUCACAGGGACAGGCUUAGGCGACAUGGACAGGGGGAGGCGGGUUCUGAUCGCUCUCAACUUGAAGAGAGCAGGAACGGACCUUGAAGAGCAAGUCUGGCCAGGCAGUGAGUUUGCUUGAAAUAUGCAGCCAGUGAAACCACGGGUUCUCGGUGUCUACUGUCCUCUGGGGCAAUGCAGGCUUCCUAGGAAGGCCUGGCCAUCCCAGAGCAUGCUAACCACCUGCUGUACCUCCUCCCUUCAUGACGCUGUCUGGUGAGACACCUGCAGUGCAAACGCCUGAGGUCUGUUUCCAAGCAGGUUUGCGUCAUCACCCAGUCCUUCCUAAACCACUUCUGGAGGUUUCCAGACCGUCCUCUUGGAAGUCCAUCUGGUAGAAGUGGGCGAAGAGUCGUUGUCGAAAAGCUGGUUUCUAACCGUUGUAGGAAUGAUUUCCCAGCAGAGUCAAUCAACGCCCCACUUCUUAAGAGCCCUCCACAGAGCAAUUCUGUAUUGAAUAUUUUAUUAAAAUAUUUUCUUUCUA